AUGUCGCUUAAUUGGCUUAUCGGAUGGAUAGACUUGCCAGUGUCAAUUGUUAUCUUGGUUAUUUUUUUAAUGCCUUUGGUGCCUUUAUUUGUGAAGAGCAUGACAAGCAGGUGGCUUUGGAAUGUGCAGAUGAGGAUAGGGAAAAACGAUUUUAAAGUAAUUCAUGUACUUUUAGUGCUUUUUGGGACGCUUUUUGUGGUUAGAGCUUAUAAUCAUAUCAAUUUCACAGAAGAGCUUGACAGCAAAGAAAUGCUUGAAGCUGAUUUCAAGUCCAAAAGGCAUAGGAUUGAAAGAGAUUUUUAUCUCGCAGGGCUUAGUUUUGCAUGCUGGGUAUAUAUCUGGAGAUUAUGCCCAUUGAUAGACGAGUAUUCUAAAUUAUCAAAAGAAAAGAAAGCAAAGUAA